AUGCCGGGCCUGGUCGCCCCACGGCAGCACAGCCUCAAGCUGGGGCUCCCGCCCCACAGGGUGCACCUUACCGUGGUGCACGGCUUCAGGGGGCCCACAGGGCUGCCCAGCACCGGGUCCUGCAGCCAGGACCCCAUAGCUAGGAAGCGGGGAGAGCUGCCCUCGUUGCAGGAGGUGAGCGCCUUCGGGGAGGACGGCGAGGGCGACUACCUGGACGACUGGACCGUGGUGUGCAGCGGGACCUACUGGGCGCGGGACAGCGAGGUGCGCUUCAAGCACACCUCCACCGACGUCUUCCUCUCCGUGACAGGGGAGCAGCAGGGGCGGCCCAUCCACGGCCAGAAGGAGGUGCACGGCAUGGCCUCCCCCAGCCAGAAUAACUACUGGAAGGUCAUGGAGGGCAUCUUCAUGCAACCCAGCGAGCUGCUGAAGGCACAGCAGUAUCACGCCGAGCUGUGACAGACUGGGGGGGG